CUGCCCCCGCUGCCCCCGCUGCCCCCGCUGCCCGGCUCAGAGGAGGCCCAGGAGGAAGCCGCAGAAGUCCAGGAGGAAGCCCCUGAAGCUCAUGAACCAGAGGAGGUCCAGGAAGAAGACGCCGCGGAGGAGGAGCGGGAGGACGAGGAAGAGGAGAAGCCAAGACCCAAACUCACUGCUCCUAAGAUCCCGGAAGGGGAGAAAGUAGACUUCGAUGACAUCCAGAAGAAGCGGCAGAACAAAGAUCUCAUGGAGCUGCAGGCCCUCAUCGACAGCCACUUUGAGGCCCGCAAGAAGGAGGAAGAAGAGCUGAUCGCGCUCAAGGAGAGAAUCGAGAAGCGCCGUGCGGAGCGGGCGGAACAGCAGAGGAUCCGCGCUGAGAAGGAGAGGGAGCGCCAGAACAGGCUGGCGGUGAGGCCUGUGCCCUUCUUGCCCCCCAACCACAGGCCCACGGGCACGCCAGGGCCCCUGCUCCUCCUGCUGCUGAGGGUCCCCAGUCUUAGCCAGAGAGGGCGGGCCAGGGGGGCUCCCCUCCUGAGUCCGGCCCCUCGGCGUGUCCCCCAGGCUGACCAGAAGCGAGGCAAGAAGCAGACCGCCCGGGAGAUGAAGAAGAAGGUGCUGGCCGAGAGACGCAAGCCGCUCAACAUCGACCACCUCAGCGAGGACAAGCUGAGGGACAAAGCCAAGGAGCUGUGGGACACCCUGUACCAACUGGAGACGGACAAGUACGACUUUUCGGAGAAGCUGAAGCGCCAGAAAUACGACGUGACCAACCUCACGGGGCCUCCGGGCGGAGGAGCGGCGAGGACCAGGUCAGAGUCCCAGCAGCUCCCCACGACCGAGGCCACCAUUCCCGUGAACGUGCGGGGGACCCAGCGCCGUCCAAACAACCCCGAGAGAGAAGAACGAAGCUGA